UUGUUUUUAGGUUUUCAACCGCAGUACCCUCCACCAAAUCCUCCACCAGAUGCCGGUUUUCAACCGCAAUAUCCUCCACCAAAUCCUCCACCACCACCACCACCACCACCACCGCCACCAAAUCCCCCACCACCAAAUCCUCCACCACAAGCUCCCGGUUUUCAACAACAGUACCCUCCACCAAAUCCUCCACCAAGUCCUGGUGAGUCUUCCCUCCUUCUGUUAAACUUAUGCUUAGAAAAGCCAUUUUAUUUCGAAUUUUCAAUGCCAGCUGCUGUGCCAAAUCCUCAUCUUCCAAAAGCGGUUCAUACUGGUCCAGCGACUGAGAAAGACAAUUGUUCGGAAAAUGAAAGCACGAGCGAACAGACAUGUCCGUUUUGCAACAUAAUUUGCUUCAAGAAGCUCAUAAUUGAAUGGAUUAUUGUUUUAAAUUUUAUUCCAGCAGCGGCAGCAGGCCAGGGAACACCAGAAGACGAAGCAAAUCAAGUAGAUGGUAAUGCUUCUGAAUUGGAGGCAGUGACUUGCGCAGCGACCUAG